GGUGCUCACCUCUAACUGUAUGUUUAGCUCAAAUGAAUGUGUCUUUUGUGGUCAUAUAUUGUUCAUGAAUGUGAAUGCAAUUGAAUUUAAAUAUUAAAAUGUGCGGAAACCUGGUGUUAAUGUCUGUUAGUCAUUCAUUACUUAAUCAGAAUACUAUCUCACACGUCACUUACGUCAGUACCCUAGUGACAUACCUAGUUGACUAUUGAAACAAUUAUUGUGACUCAGAGUUGAAGUGAUUACUUAUCAAAGACUAGACCAGAGACCAGUUGGUGGUGACGUUGAGGACAUCCCUGACCGGCAAUAUGUCUGACGCGGACGACGACAUCAUGUUUGAUGCGGACGACGAGGACUACGAUCUGGAGUACUCUGAGGACAGCAAUUCCGAGCCGGACGUAGACCUCGAGAACCAGUACUACAACUCUAAGGCACUCAAAGAGGACGACCCGAAGGGCGCGCUGCAGAGCUUUCAACGGGUGUUGGACUUGGAGUCGGGCGAGAAGGGGGAGUGGGGUUUCAAAGCACUCAAACAGAUGAUUAAAAUUAACUUUAAACUGAGCAAUUACUCAGAAAUGAUGGGCAGAUAUAAGCAACUGUUGACUUAUAUCAAGAACGCCGUCACCAGAAACUACUCGGAGAAGUCCAUCAAUUCAAUACUCGACUACAUCUCCACUUCCAAACAGAUGGAACUGUUGCAAGAGUUUUACGAAACAACUUUGGAUGCACUGAAAGACGCAAAGAACGACAGACUUUGGUUUAAGACAAACACAAAGUUAGGGAAACUGUAUUACGACAGAAGCGAAUUCAAUAAGUUGUCGCGAAUUCUGAAGCAAUUGCAUCAGUCAUGUCAGACAGACGAGGGCACCGAUGACCUCAAGAAAGGCACUCAACUCCUCGAGAUCUAUGCCCUCGAGAUACAGAUGUAUACACAACAGAAGAAUAACAAAAAGCUUAAGAAACUAUACGAACAGUCUCUUCAUAUAAAGUCUGCAAUUCCUCAUCCGUUGAUUAUGGGAGUCAUUAGAGAAUGUGGGGGGAAAAUGCACUUAAGGGAAGGGGAGUACGAGAAGGCACACACGGACUUCUUCGAGGCCUUCAAGAACUACGACGAGUCCGGGAGUCCGCGUCGGACCACUUGUCUCAAGUACUUGGUUUUGGCCAAUAUGUUGAUGAAGUCGGGCAUCAAUCCAUUCGACUCACAAGAGGCCAAACCUUAUAAAAACGAUUCUGAGAUCCUGGCGAUGACUAACCUGGUCAGUGCCUAUCAGAACAAUGAUAUCAACGAAUUCGAGAAGAUUCUCAGGACUAAUAGGAAGACCAUAAUGGAUGACCCCUUCAUUAAGGAACACAUCGAAGAUCUUUUGCGGAAUAUUCGGACACAAGUUCUCAUUAAACUAAUCAAACCCUACACUAGAAUUCAAAUCCCAUUUAUUUCGAAGGAAUUAAAUAUAGACGUUUGUGAAGUGGAAAACCUUUUGGUUUCGUGUAUUCUCGAUAAUACAAUUGAGGGCCGUAUAGAUCAGGUAAACCAAGUGCUGGAACUGAAUAGAAGUACGAAUAGCGCCGCCCGUUAUAACGCUUUAGACAAAUGGACGACUCAGUUGUCUUCACUUCACUCAACAAUUGUUAAUAAAAUGGCGUAAAUUAUUAAUUUAUUUGGUUUAAUACAAACGAUUCAAUAAAAUUGAAAUUAAAUUCUUAAUAACUUUUGUAAUGACAUUAUAGUGUGAAAAGGAAUAUUUAAUAAAAUUUCAUUAAUUUU